AUGAUGGUUUUCUUCCUGGUUCUCGUCAUCCUGGCUGCCCUCUCUAUUUUGAGAGUCGUAAUCUACCGAAUGUUCUAUCACAAGCUCUCCAAAUUCCCUGGACCGACUCUCUGGGCCAUCAGUCAACUUCCUCAGGCUUACUAUCUUUUCAAGGGUUGUCUUCCAUACAAGAUUCUUGAACUUCACAACCGUUAUGGACCGGUUGUCCGCCUCGCCCCAAAUGAGCUAUCGUUCAUCACAGCAGAUGCAUGGAAUGAUAUCUACGGAAAACCAUCCAAAAAGCCACAACUUCAAAAAGAGCACACUUUCCUUCCGCCUUCCACUGGCAUAAGCGGUAUCAUCUUUGAGACGGACGAUACUGAGCACAGUAGACUCAGACGAGUAUUCUCGCACGCCUUCUCAGAUAAGAGCCUACGAGAUCAAGAAGCUACCGUCCUCAAAUAUGUCGACCAACUGAUCAUCAAACUGCAAGAAAAUGCAACUGAUUCCCUUGACAUGUGCAAAUGGCUUAACUUUGUCUGCUUCGACAUCACUGGAGAAUUGAUGUUCAGCGAAUCGUUCGACUCUCUGAACAAGCCUGAUUUUCGUCCAUGGAUCAAAAUAUUCUACAAUUGGGUUGCUGGAGCAGCUUUGCUUAGCAUGGGUCAGAAACUGUGGCCCUUGACUAGUAUUGUCAAGUGGCUCGUGCCCAAGGAUAUGAGAGAUGCUGAAGUGUCUCAUCGUAUCAUGACGCAAGAAAUACUUGAGAAGCGCCUCAGAACAACAAAUGCCUUCCACGUAGAUUUGUAUGUCAUCCACUUCUGA